AUGUCCAGACCCUUCUCCGUCGCCGACCACAUCCAAGCCCACACCCUCGCCAACUCGAUCAUAUCGGGCCACAACACUGCCGACGCCGUGCUCGACCCUUCCGAACUAGCCCUUCUCCGCCAAUUCUGCAUCGAUCGGUCCGCGUCAAAGCGGGAUGCCAUACUGUCUGAGCGCGACAUGGUGGACGAGCAAGGCACAAGACCGGGCGAGAAAGCAGCGAAAUCCAAGGGCAGCUUGGCGGGGUUUUUGAUCGCUAGAUAUGGGACGUCUGAGCCGGGUUUGGAGGAGGGAGAAUGGGAGAUGUUGAGGGAGUGGUUUGGCAGCGGCGUGGAUAUCAGUCAUGCGUAA